AUGUCUCCACCGAGCCCAAACCACAACACCCGACGCCCGCCCAGCGGAUCCUCCAUCAACGAAGUCCGCGAAUGCGUCGAUACGCUCGACUCGAUCACGCUCGGUCUCGACAAGAUACUAGAAGGAUGCGCGGACUUCCGCGCAGGUGUUGAAGAUCUCAAACUCCUUUUCGAGACCAUCGCAGACUAUAUGGAUGGAGAGCUGUUGGAUAAGGAGGCGCUUAGGACCAGAGAGCCAGAGGAGAAGAAGCAGUAUAGGCAGGUCCAUUUAGAGGAUGAGAUCAAGGAUGAGGCGACAAGGGUUGAGGAGAGCAGCAGCGAAGAGGACCUGUACAUGAAGGCUCUGCUUGAGAAGGACAAGGUUCUUAGGCAGCUGGAGAAAAUUCGUGACGAAGAGAGAGGUGUGCGUGAGGGUAGGAGAGAAGUUGGAGCUCUGAAGACUGUUGCUGAGGCUGAGCCGUGA